AGCCAAAAGGUACUGUAGUACAGAACCAGAAACGGUCCCGGCCGGCGUCUCCGGCUCGUCUCUACUCACCAGUCACCAGCCAUCCCCGGAGGCACCAUCUCGCCUCCCUACGCCGCCAUGCCGCCGCCCCACGGCGACGACGAAUCCUACGCGCAUACCCCGCUCAUCCCGCCACCUCCUCUUCCUCGCCGGGCGACCGCGAGGCUCCACCUGUUCCCCCUCCUCGUCGCCGCGACCUUCGCCGCCUACUACCACCUCGUCGCCGCGCCCGCCCCGUCCUACUACCAAUCCCUCUUCCUCUCCCUCGGCUCCAACGACACCGCUGCCGCGCACCUUCGCGCGCUCACCAUCCGCCCCCACCUAGCGGGCACCCCGGCCAACGCCCUCGCCGCCGAGCACGUCGUCUCCACGCUCUCCUCCCUCUCCUUCCCCACCCGCGUCACGCCCUACUCCGUCCUGCUCUCCUACCCCGUCCACCGCUCCCUCUCCCUCUCCGCGCCAGGCCGCGCCACCACCGCCUUCGCGUUGGUGCAGGACGCCUACCCCGACGACCCCUCCGCUGCGGCCUCGGCGGAGGCAGUCCCCACCUUCCUCGCCUACGCCGCUUCUGGCUCGGCCGCCGCCGAGGUCGUCUACGCCAACUACGGCCGCACGGAGGACUAUGCCGAUCUUGCCUCCCGCGGGGUAAACGUCACUGGAAAGGUCGCCCUUGCGCGCUACGGCAAGGUGUACCGUGGCGAUAUCGUGAAAAACGCCCAUGAAGCUGGUGCGGCGGCAGCGGUGAUAUACACAGAUGCCAAGGACUACGCGCUGGGAAAGACCUUCCCGGAUGGACCAUGGAUGCCGCCGACCGGCGUGCAGGUGGGGAGCACAUUCAAAGGGGUUGGGGAUCCCACGACGCCGUUGUGGGCGUCGUCGGAAGGGUGCGAGCGCGUCAGCGUCGCGGAGGCGAUGGCCACCGACGACAUGCCCGGCAUACCGGCGCUGCCGGUGUCGGGAAGGGACGGGCAGGAGAUACUACAGCUCAUCGGCGGAGAUGUCGCGCCCGAGGAUUGGCAGGGCAGUGAUGGCGCCCCGGUUUAUCGCCUCGGCCCCGGUCCAGCAGUACUCAAUUUGACAUAUAUAGGGAAUGAGACGAUGGCUACUAUUCAGAAUGUUAUUUCGGUGAUUGAAGGGAAAGAAGAACCUGAUAGGUAUGUUAUCCUUGGUAACCAUCGUGAUGCAUGGACAUUUGGGGCAGCUGACCCGAACAGCGGAACGGCAACCUUGCUUGAGCUAGCUCAAAGGUUGUCUGAGCUGCAAAAGAAGGGUUGGAGACCUCGUCGGACCAUCAUCUUGUGUAAUUGGGAUGCCGAAGAGUACGGACUGAUAGGAUCCACUGAAUGGGUUGAAGAGAACAGGGCAAUGCUAACUUUGAGAACUGUUGCUUACCUGAAUGUUGAUAUCGCGGUAUCUAGUUCUGGAUUUGAUGUGUCGGCCACUCCUCAACUUGAUCAGUUGCUUAAGCAAGCGAGUAAGCAGGUUCAAAAUCCUGAUAAUGGAACAGAAAGUCUGUAUGACUUGUGGAUGGCUUCUGAUGGUUCUCCUCUGAUUGGAAGGUUAGGAGGUGGAGGAUCAGAUUAUUCUGCCUUUGUUCAACAUAUUGGUAUUCCUUCAAUCGACAUCUCUAUUGGGUCAGGAUAUGCGGUGUACCAUAGCUUGUAUGAUGACUUCGCGUGGAUGGAAAAGUUUGGAGAUCCUUUGUUCCGCAGACAUGUCGCAGCGGCAAGCAUAUGGGGACUUGUUGCUUUGAAGCUUUCAGAUGAGGAGAUCCUACCCUUCAACUACAGCUCUUAUGUUGCAGAGCUUGAGAAUGGUGCAGUGGAUAUAAAUGAGAGAGUACUAGGAAUGCCUGUCAGCGUAUCUCCCCUGCACAAAUCAAUCAAAGAGUUCAACAGGGCAGUUAUAAAAGUAGAUUCUGAACUUAAGGUCCUACAGACUUGGAAAGUUUGGUCCCCUUGGAGAAACAAUCCUAUGAGGGUAAGAGAUCUCAAUGACCGAUUGAUGAUGACUGAGCGGGCAUUCACAGAUAGGGAAGGACUGUUUGGAAGACCAUGGUACAAACACAUGAUUUAUGCACCUUCACGGUACAACGAUUAUGGUGCACAAGUGUACCCAGGUGCUGACGAUGCCAUUCAGACAGCAAAGAGAACAAAUACUUCGGAGUCCUGGCAAUCUGUACAGCAUGAGAUUCACAGGAUUGCUAGAGUUAUCAACCAGGCCGCUUUAGUCCUAAGUGGGGGAUUGACAUGAUUGUUUUAGCCCUGUUGAUACAAUCAACCACCGUACGGUUUGUGAAAAUCUUCACACCGUCGCAUUCCCCAAAGUUGCAAGUUGGCGCAGCUGCAGCUAGCAGGACCAUGCUUAUAUUUAGAGCUGGUAGUUGAAGGUGUGGACAACUGCAAUGGUAAUUGUUGUGGGUGCGCUGCUACAUCAACGGCUAACAAGCUUAUGCAAAUUGUCGUUUCAAAUAAAAAGCAAAUACAAAAUGUAGCCUCAUCUGAGUGCAUUUAUCACCAGUCGUGUAUAGGCGCGGUACACCA